AUGGGUUCAAUGGCCAAAUCCCCUUAUCCUCCAGGCAUCCACGUCCCCAGCCUGACAUGGUUCAAGUCGGAUGCCACUCAAUCCAUCGAUUGGGACCUGCAAGAACGACACAUUGAAUUUCUUGUCCGCAGCGGUGUACACGGAAUUGUCAUUGCAGGCAGCAAUGGCGAAGCAGCCACUCUGACCCCGGAAGAAAAAUCGAGGUUGGUGCGCCUUACUCGGUCCACGGCACGGAAGCUCGGUCGACCCGACCUACCCAUUACAUGUGGUACAUUUGGAGGAUGUACGCAGGCCAUUAUCCAAGACACAAAGCUGGCAGCUGAGUCCGGCGCGGAAUUUGCUCUGGUGCUAGUGCCAUCGUUCUUCCAUUUCGCGUUGCAUAGCGCCGCGAUUAUCGACUUCUUUCAGGAGGUUGCCACAGCAUCGCCAAUUCCCCUCAUCAUUUAUAACUUCCCCGGUGUCGCGGCUGGGCUCAAUGUCAACUCAGAAAUGUUGGAGACGCUCGGCGAGCAUCCCAAUAUCGCGGCUGUGAAGCUGACAUGUGGGUCCAUUGCGUCCGUUGCAAGAACAACGGCCAAGUUUGGACGAGCUCUAGAUGGAAGUCCGGAGUUUGUGGCCCUGGCUGGUCAAAGUGAGUGGUUAGUGCCGUGUCUGAGCGUCGGUGGUGCUGGUUGCAUUACAGGUGUUGGAAAUUUAUACCCCAAGACCUGCGUUGAACUGUACAAUCUGUACACUUCCGGUCAGACCGCCAAGGCAGAGCAACUGCAGCUUCAGGUAGCUGUGUCCGAGUGGGGAUUUGGGAAGGAAGGCAUCAGUGGGACCAAAUGGGCUGUUGCGAAGUGCCUUGACUACCCAGAAGAGAGCGCUUGGUGCCGAAGGCCCUAUCCAAAGUUUUUGAACGAGGAAAAACGGGCCUGGGUUCUCAAGCACUUGAAGGUGCUUGAGAGAGUAGAAGGCGACCUUUGA